CACGAGAUGACCACGGACAACCGAGCGGCAAUGUGGCAGCUAUCGCCGAUUGCGCUGCAGAUUCUGCACUACCUCGACGACGGCGAUGACGCACACGCCUUUCUUCAAGCGGCGCCCGACGGCAGCCUUGAUGACGCGCUUGACGCGCUACGGACGCUCUUGGCCAUGGACUUGGAGCUUCCACUCUGGCCGACGCCGCACAUUGCCAGUCUGGACGCAGCCUACAGCAUCAAUCCCAGCGUCGUCACAAAGGCACUUCCGCUGUUUAAGAAGGUUCAACUCGGCUACUGCAGGGACGCUGCGGCAAGCAUUUGCCAUGCCACGGAGCUGCCACCGACGACCGCCGUGAGCGCCGAUGUUCAGCAAAACGCAAUUAGCGUGCGUGCAGCCCUCGGCAAUUGGCUUCCCAAUCUUGUGAAUCUUGAAGUCCUAAGCUCCUACGGGAACGCUCUGGACUUUGCGUCUAUCGCCGAGCACGACCUCUCGGAGUGCCAUCGUCUGCGUACGCUGACCUUGAGCCAGUACAAGAGGCUUGACCAAGGCACGUUUGACCAUGCGCUGAAGACUGUGGUCGCAACGUGUCCGCAGGUCGAGCGCUUUUUCUUUGGUUCGUGCAGUCUCAUGUGCAUGUCGGACUGCACGGCUCUCCUUGCGUGGCUGGCACUGCCAACCGCGCGCCACCUCAAGCUGGAUCGUACCGACUUUGAGAACGAGCUCGGCGCAGAGCUGGCGACGGGCAUGCUCAUGUCGUCUACGCUCGAGACGAUCGAGCUGUUUGAAAUUCCGAGCUUCACGCGCACAUUUUUGAGUCCGUCGUCGCCGCCGCUGCCGCCACAACUGCGUCACCUCACGAUCUGCGAUUACAUGAUGUGCGACGGCUACUAUUCGAUCGAAGAGCAAGAAAAUGCCAUAACGGACCCACCGCCGGCGUUUGACGAAGCCGAUGUGGCCGCCCUCGCCGCCAAGAUUGCGACCGCCUCGCGUCUCGAAAGCUUGGAUUUGUGGCCCCGAACUUCGUGCGAUGCCACGGCGGUCGUCUCCGUCUUGCCGCAGCUACCGACAUUGACCAAACUUGCGCUCCAGGAGGUUCAUUUGACCACGUUUCCGCAUUUGGUACAGCUUUUGCACCUCGAUCUCUCGUCUUCGACAUUCUCGGACGAGGCCAUCGAGUCGCUGGCAACGCUGCUUUGCUCGUCGCCCAAGCUAAAGCACCUUGAUCUCGGUUGCGACCAGCUCCCAGACCAUCAAGCCAAAACGGUCUUGAGAGCGCUACCACAGUGGCUGAGCUGUCGCGGGACAGCGUGCGACGUCUACCUUGCGAUCCAGAGCGAUGUGUGUGUCGGUGCCUUUACGACAGCUCUGGCUCUGACGCGCAAUUCGCACGCGGUCAACAUCAUACUCUACGCUCUUCGUCUCUCGCUCGAAACCAAGACGAAGCUCGUUGCGGCACUCAGAUCAACGUCGGGGCACCAUGUGACGUUUUUCUCUCCAUCAAGACGGAAGCGGGCGCCACUGCCCUUGCCGCAGCGCUCGCGCAUACCCGCAGUGCGCACAAGGUCACGUUUUCGAUCUAUACCUACGGUCUCUCUCUCGAAGGCAAGAAGAAACUGGUUGCAGUACUGGCGUCGACGUUGAAUUUGGCGCUGUGUAUCCUUGGAGAAGAUCGUUCCGAGUCCACCGCGCUGG